AUGGAAAAAGGUGCGAGGAUUCAUUAUCAAAUUCCUUCCGCAAUCUCUUUCAGAGUAAAGGAUAUGUCAUUAGAAAGGUUACGGCAACAACCAACCCUUCAAGAGUUAAAUGAGGUACUAGAUGAGUUGUUACCUAUAAUAAGUGACUCUGCUGUAAAAGAGAGCGUAAAACUAGAUAUCCGAUCGACCCUGAUUACAGUCACUGUGAGGCAGAUCUACCCAGACUUAUCUAACUUGGCCAAAAGGAAACUGGCUGAGAUUUUUCAAGGAGCCGUUGGUAUCAAACUGUUAAUUUCUUCAAUUCAACAUGCCGAAUCUUUGGAGAUCAAAUGUUCCCUUUGUGACUUAUUGAUCAUAUUUCUACACAAUGAGUCGUCGUUGGAAUCUAUAUUUGAGUCCAAUAUCAGACAGGCCAGAUCGCUUCUCUUUGGAUCCACAGUGUUUAAUGUUCUUAAUGAAACAUAUCAAGAUGUAAGACAAUAUAAACAUACAGUGACAGGCAAAUUGCAAGAGAUAACCACUCUGAAAGGAUAUACUUCUGUCGUUUUACCCACCCUCGUGGCCAAUCUGAAGAAAGAACGAAAUCCACAGUUACUAUUAGCAGCUUUACAGCUAUGUUCGCCCAAUGAAUCACAAUUGGUUUUCGAUCACUUCUUCCAAUCUCCGGAACCAUUCAGCACGCUUGUAUCAACCUACAAUACUUUUACACCUGUUCAGAAGCCCGCAUUCAUCAAGGCUCUGUUAGGUUACUGCAUAUCACGCUACUCUUUACGGGCUCCUCAAAACUUGGAUAAUUUGCAGAAGGUUUACAGUAUUCUGUCACAGUUUCCAUGGGACAGCUGGAGCUCGUUUUUCAUUACUGUGUUGGAUUAUCAAAAUCUUCCACUUCUGAAAGUAUAUGUGAAGUUAAUCAACAAAUAUCAAGUAUCUGACUUACUAAAAUCCCUGGUGCAGAUAUGGGGUGCUCCAACGUUCAUCAAUAAAACACCCUUGACCUUACAAAAACAUUAUUUGCAUUUGAUAGUAUUGUUAUUGUCCCACAAUCCGGCAACAAAUACUGAAAUAUCCUCUGACCAUACGUUUCUCACAACGAUCACUAAUAGAAUUGAUUCUACUUCUCUUUCAGUCCGUGCACAAGGAAUGCUACUAGCAAACUUGGUGCUGCAAAAUUCUGAUAGUCAAAAUAAAAAGGUGUUCAUUAUGAAGGAACAAGAUGACUAUGAGUCCACCUUUUUCGAAGACUUGGGGGACGAACUUAAAGAUUCAGAAGCCUUCGAUCUGGUCACUUCACUAGUAUCUGAUGUUUGCUUCCCGCCACUGCAAACAGUAUCAAGGGUGGAGAAAGUUACAGAAGUUACAAAUAUGACCCCUCAGAACUCGAACCUGCACAUAGUCACUGAUGAUGAAUUGUCAGAUCCUGAAGAUUCUGAUGACGAUGACCCUAGUGUCUCUAGGAAGGAUUAUCCAACCAGACCAGUGUAUAUCAAAGAGCUUCUACAGUAUCUCCUCGCGGAUGAGAAAGAUCCCAAGGCCUUUGAUAAACUUGAAGUGGCUUUGAAAGUGGCACCCACAUUGAUUCGUCAAAAGUCUCAUUUUGGUGAUGAAAUCAAACAUUUCACUAAUGAACUUCUUGCUACUUUAGUGGGAUUGUCUAACAGAUUUGAAAUGGAAAAUUUUGAUCAGCAAAGAACUAACAGCAUUAUUUCAAUCAUAGUUAGUAACUCCGAGCAUGCAAUCAAAGAAUUGCUGAAUCUUUUUCUCACGGGAGACUACUCUCUUCAGCAGAGAUUAAUUAUAUUGACUUCUUUUUCACUAGCUGCAAGAGAGCUGAAGGGACACCAGGAUGAGAACGUUACCAGAUCUUUUAACAAAGUUAAGACGGAAUUUGCUUCCAGUUUACUGCCGAAACAUAUUCAUGACCAGUUCAUUGAACUAGAGCACAAACAGAAUGGCCUUCUCACUUUUGAUCAGCAUGCAGUACAACAACUGGAAGAUGAUUAUUUGAAUUCCACAGUUGAAUCUGCGGAGAAGAAUCUAAUGCCCCAUGGAAAAGUUUUACGCGUUUCUAGAGGGCUUGAACUGAAGAAGGCUCAAAAGUCCCUCCAGUUAUCUAAGAGCAGACAAAAGAAGUUUUUUAAGUUAGUUGGUCCCAAGUUCUUUUUUCCUUUAGCCACUACAUGGCACGCCUUGAAUUCUCAAUCAGGAUUCAAAAUUGGCCGAUACUCUCCGAUACUAACCUCACAUUUUAUCCGAACUUUGUCCCUAAUUUUGGACACAGCCUAUCCCUCAGCCCCUGAUUUACUUGAUAUGAUACAGGAAAUGGUUUCAAUUCUUAUUCCCUUGAAAGACUCAUAUUUCGACCAGUUCAGUGCGCCAGAGUUGGUUGAUAAGGGUAUGAACGACGAACUACUUAUUUUGGAUUCUUUAGUAUUAUCCUUUCUUGUUAUUCUUCAGAAUACCAAUCAAGAGUUUUUACUUCAAAAUUAUGGCCAAGAGUUAUCUCAAAUAAGCGAUUGGCUACAGAGUAUCUUAGAAACGGUGAUUGAUGAUGGUAUUCGAAGAAAAUGUGCAGGAGUUCUUGUUUCUAUAAACAACUUAUUUGGAAAUGCUUAA